ACUUUCUCCUUUUCUCUCCACUCGAUUCCCGGAAAAAAAAAAAAAUCAGCAAAAAAGAAGAAGAGAGAAACCAUGUCUUCGCCGAGCAAGCGUAGAGAAAUGGAUUUGAUGAAACUGAUGAUGAGUGACUACAAGGUGGAGAUGAUCAAUGAUGGCAUGCAAGAGUUCUAUGUUGAAUUCAACGGACCUAAAGACAGUAUAUAUGAGGGAGGUGUGUGGAAGAUAAGAGUUGAACUUCCUGAUGCUUAUCCUUAUAAAUCUCCAUCUGUUGGUUUCAUUACCAAAAUAUACCACCCGAAUGUCGAUGAAAUGUCGGGUUCUGUGUGUUUAGAUGUUAUUAACCAGACCUGGAGCCCCAUGUUCGACCUGGUGAAUGUGUUUGAGACAUUUCUUCCUCAACUUCUUCUGUAUCCGAAUCCGUCAGAUCCAUUGAAUGGAGAAGCAGCUGCAUUGAUGAUGCGUGAUCGUCCUACCUAUGAACAGAGAGUUAAAGAGUAUUGCGAGAAAUACGCAAAGCCAAGGGCGGAUACUGAGGAAAUGUCUAGUGAUGAUGAAAUGAGUGAAGACGAAUAUGCCUCAGACUGUGAUGAUGAAGAUGAUGUUGCAAUCGCAGGUAAACUUGAUCCUUAAUCCGCAUUGGUCUUGGUAUGAAUCAUGUGGCUGGCUUAAUGGCUAAACCGGGGUGACAAAAAGAAGCCGGUGACUUUGUACAUAUGUAUAUGAAUAAUCAAUGAAUGUUUAAAGUUCCAUCUUUAAAUUGAACUCUAAAAUCUCUCUCAUUCUCUUGUUGUUUACUUUGUGCCUUUUUAUCAAACAUGUAAAAUAUUGAAGCUCCUUUUAUCUUCAUGUUAUUGUGCACCUCUGAUUA